AUGGACAAAUUAGAUGAUAAACAACGUGCAUUGAUUCCACAUUCUUUACGUGAAUUAACCUUACAUUGUAUUUAUAAAGGUCUUCAAUUAGGACCAACAGUAACAAUAGUUACAGUACUACCGUAUAAAUUUUAUAAAUCAAGAAAAAAUCUUUCAUUUAUGUCAAUUUUAAGUCGUGCUGGUACACUUACAAUUUAUGGCAGUUUUAUUGGUGUUAGUCUUAGUUUAGCUAUGAUGCAUAUGAAAUUAUAUAAGGAAAACUAUAAUGAAUAUAAAAUUUGGGAUAGAGCAUAUCGUUUAAGAUAUUCUGAAAGCCAAAAGCGUGCUGACAAGUAUUCGUUAACAUUUUCAAUAUUCGGUGGUUUAACAGCAUUUUAUAUUGGUUUACCAAAAAAAUUUAGUUCUUUAUCAGCAACAAAAGGUGCAUUAAUGGCUAUUCCAUUUGGACUACUUACACAUGUGAUCACACAAUAUGCAUCAAAUCGAUCGAAUAAAAAAAACUAA